AAAUUCACCAAGUGUGCACGAAAUCCUUCAAUUUCACUUAAGAAAAUGCAACAGCGCCCCAAUGAAAGCGCGGUCGCAGUUAAGUUUCUUCGAAAAUGUCUACUCAUCUUGCGCCACCCGGGGCGCCACCCCCCCCCCCCCCACGGAAUUUACGUGGGGCGGUACGGCAAAUGUCCAAUUCUUCCACAGAACGAUACUUGUCUCUCAUUUUUAUUACAGGACACCAUACAUACAAAAUAUAAUAAUAGUCUGCUAGUUUCGUUUAUUUUGUGAUUGCGCAAUUCGCAACAAGAUAUACGAGCAAAUUCAACUCCAACUCCAAGCAAAGAUCGACACGAUGAAUGACCUGUAAACCGGAUGUUUCUGUUGCAAUUUGACGUUGCAAUACAACAGCUAAUUAACUGAAAGCUUAGGAGCUUUGCAUGAGCACAUCUUAUCUUGAUGAAGUUGCUUCGAAUUAUACGCAACACUUUGGCUUUGAUUGUCCCCAGAGGAAGACACGGUGCACUCGCGUCACUGCAGCCAGCGCCAGCGGGGAGGUCUCUUCUUGACAAGAUGGGGAGGGCUUACGUGAGGUGCGUGGAAGGAGAAGAGCAUAUGAACAUAUCCUUUUCAUACAGAAACAAACAGAGCAGUUUAAAUCGCCCAAUUAAUGAAGCUUUAGAAAAAUCUCUCACACGCAUCCAGAGUACUCUAAAGAAACAUUUGGAUAAAGAAAUGAAGAAAAGAAAGAAAAUGAAACUGGAUGACUCGGCGUCUAGUGUUUUGAUGAACGUGGAUGAGUUGGAUAUAUCUCUGGUGUCUAAUAAAAAUGAUCCCAUUGAUGUUGAUGUUUUGAAUGAAAGUGCAUGGAGAGAUGGAGCAGUGCUCUCUGUUGGUGACAUUCAGUACGAGGUAUGCAGAAAUUUUCCAACCAUUCAACGACUUCAUCUGCCAUCGUUUGUAUUAGUCGGUUGUCCUGUGUUUCCACGCAUUACGUCAGAGUUUACCAAAGGAGAAGAGUGUAGUUAUACUUGGUUUCGUCAAGUUAACAAACAACUGGGUGAUAAAGAUAUGAAUGACGCUACAGAUAAUGGAGAGAAUCCUAACUGGUUAGAGGUAGGACAGCAUAAGACGUACACUCCAACUUCACUGGAUGUUGGGUCAAAGUUGAAACUCUUAUGCACUCCGAAGAAUGGUGAGAAAGUUGGAGAAGAAAAAGAGUGUGUUACCAUGAGAGCAGUCAAGUGCGGGCCGGAAAUGUACCCAUUUCAGAAACGUCAUGAGUUCACUAAGGAUAGGACUUCACCAGAUUGUCUACGGAUCUUUUCUUACAACAUUCUUGCUGACAUGUAUGCUGAUUCAGACUUCUCACGUGACUACCUCUACCCUUAUUGCUCAACCAUAUCGCUUGAUAUUGACUAUAGAGAACAGCUUAUACUCAAGGAAUUAUCAGGUUACAAUGCAGACAUUCUUUGUCUUCAGGAGUGUGGCAAGAAGUUAUUUCAGUAUAGCUUGGAGCCCGCCCUCAAUGACCAGGGAUAUAAAGGCCUGCUUAUCUGUAAGACAAGACAGACACCAGAAGGAGAGGCACUUUUCUACAAGGAAGAUAGAUUCAGGUUGAUUGAUCAGCAUGACAUCUCACUAGCUGAAGCUUUCCAGGAGGAACCAUCGAACAAAGACCUGGUAGAAGCAGUCUCAAAAUCAAAGGCUAUGCUAAACCAAGUUAUCACAAGAAGCAGUGUAUUGCAGGUUACUGUAUUGGAAGAUAUUCAUGCUCCAAGACGAAGGAUAUGUGUAGCCAACACCCAUCUGUAUUUCCACCCUCGGGCGGGUCAUAUACGAUUGAUACAGACCAUUACCAUCUUGAGACAUCUCCAUAAGAUUCAGCAACAGCACUUGGAGAAGAAUCCAGACAUCGAAUUGGCAAUGAUAUUCUGUGGCGAUCUGAACAGUUCCCCUACAUGUCCUGGCGUGUAUGAGCUCAUCUCCAAGAAACAUAUACCAGAGAACCAUGUUCAAUGGUAUUGUGGAGGUAAAGAAGAGUUCUGCGGUGGAAUGACCCUGACACACUCUCUUGAUUUCACCAAUGCCUGUACCAGUCAGGAGUACACCAACUUUGUAGCAGGGUUUGUGGCUUCUCUUGACUAUGUCCUCAUUGAUAGUAACCACCUGGAAGUCGUCAGGGAAAUCCCCAUGCCUGAUCAUGACGAUGUCACAGCACACGUUGCUCUACCGAACGACGUAUUUCCCUCGGAUCAUCUCGCGAUAGGCUGUGACGUCAGGUGGAAGAAUUCUUGAUGGACAAGGUUUACCGUUUGAAGCCGUAAGAAGAUUGGGUCUCUGCUAAUGGAUUGAACUCAAUCCUGUACUGCAGUUUAUUAUUACACGUAUCACAAGUAGGCAUAAGAUUUUGUUUAAUAAAAUACUUGCCUUUGCAGAUGUCUUCAGAAACAAUGUUCAUAUUAACCAAUUAGUUACUAUUUGAAUUCAACUAGUUAGAUUUAUGAUUUCUAUGACUGUUCAUCAAAGACUCCUGGAGACCCUGAGUGGGGUUCUCAAAUGUUAAGCUGGAGCCUGGACUAAACAGUUUUUGGUCCACUCUAUGGAAUGGAAAAGUGCUUUGAUAUAAUGUAAGUUAAAACAAGAAUUAUGUAAUAAUAAUAAUAGGCAUUUGUAUAGCUCCAUCUAUCUAAAAACAAUCUAUUCCGAGGCGCAUUAUUAUUAUUAUUAUUACCCCGGCUUUAGCUUGAGCUGCCUUUCAGUGCCUGGGCAUUCAAGGAAUUAAUCCUGCUGGGUACCCAUACACCUCACCUGGUUCAAGUACAGCACAGUGUUGAUAAAUUUCUUGCUGAAGGAAAACACGCCAUGGCUAGGAUUCGAACCCACAACCCUCUGUUUGAAAGGCUAGAGUCAGAACCACUAGACCACGGCACGCCCACGAAAAUUCAUUGAAAUUAUUUUGAUGCUUAUAUUAAUUUUCUUCUCAUUUCUCUGCAAAGUCUAUUUUAGGGUCACUUUUUUUAUUGUGUGAUUGAAUUAACAUGUACUUGGAGAAUGAGUUAGCAACAGGCACAUGAGAACAGUGCAUGUAUAUAAAGUUAUGGAAGUAUUGUUAACUAAGUCAAUGCUAUAAACAUGAAUAAUGUUGUUCAUAUGUUUAGGGCUUCUCAAUUUGUUGUUCCUUUUUUUUUUUUUUUUUUUUUUUUACAUAUUUAGAUUGUGAAAUAAUGAGGGUUUUCAAGUAGCAGGUCAAUGUAAUUAUUUAUCAGUACCAUGUGGACAGAAUAUUUGAAGAACUUGUUUACAAUAUAUUUUAAAAUUUCAUUGGUAGAUUGAUAUUAGACCUUAAAUAUUAGAUCUUGAAGCCUCAAAGUCAAAUAUCAAUAUUGUACUUGUAGAUGACUUAAUCAACAUCUAUAAAGGAAUAACAGUUUUCUUAAUAAUAACCAGGUAAUCGAUUAUACAGUAUCCAGAAGAAGUGAAUACACCCUCGUGGAUAUGCUGUUUCAAAAGCAUAUCUUUAUGUAGAGCUUCCUUUGGAAAGAAUGCUUUAUGAUCAUAAUAAAGUAGAUAUCCUGUCCAAUCCUAAUAAUGUCUAAUCCUCUAUUCUCUUAUUCAAGUUCCAGUUCAAGAAAAUAUUUUGGUGAAGAGCUGCAAUAAAAAGCUGAUAUUUUUUCUCUUGAAUACUGUUUGUGCUAAUGUUUCAUGGAUUUAUGUCAACUUGGGUACUUCUGCAGUUCAUCCAAUGCUUCUAAACAUUAUCUGUGUAUUUCUAUGUAACACCCAAUUUUUAUCUACAAAUGGAUUUGAUGUUUUCAUAUAAUUAAUUAUAGAUACAUGUAGAAAUUAAAAUAAAAAAAUUAUAUACUCUUA